AUGGAACAAAUAUUGCAAUAUGUUGAUCAUAAAGCUCUCCUUGAGCAAUCAUCACUCUACUUGAGUAGUAAUGAAAAUUUGAGUAUGAUUUUCAAGUUUGCUAAUCGAUUUCCAUUACUUAUUGUUUUGCCAAUGAUUUUGCUUCCAAAUACACGAUUGACUAAUUUCUUGCUCCGAUCAAAGGUUGUAAUGGCUGUCUUGUCGUUGGUUUAUUCUGCUAUAAUUAUUACUGCAAUGAUGACUUCACCAAAGCCAAUUGAUUUCUUUUCAUUUGAUUCUGUUGCUGAGGCAUUUACAAACAAGGUGAUGGUUUUGGGAGGUUGGGUGCAUUACUUGGUCACUGAUCCAAUUGUUUGCACAUUGAUUUAUUAUGAUUCCCUCGCCAGAGGAAUUCCACAUAUUAUCACUGCAGCUCUUGUGUUUUUGACUUUAAUGUUGUGUCCAUUGGGCUUGGUUCUCUAUCUCUUCUUGAGAGUUGUUUUGUGUCAUGUUUGGUUUGAAUGGUUCUUGAGCAAUGAAAAUAAUACUGCUGGUUUUAUUGAAACUUGGUUUGGCACAAAGCAAUUUUGGAGAAGAUUUUUCUUCCAAAGUGAAGACAAGACUGUUAAGGUUGAAUAA